ACCGAUGCUGCGAAAAACGAUACACAUACCAAAGGUGCGAUUGGCGACUGGACGGUGACGGAAGAGAAUUGGGGAGGAAAGACCGGCGUCGCGUUCGACCUUGAUUCGCGGCGAUGGAAGCUGGUGCCGGCCCGCGACGACGACGACGACCAGAACGACGACGACGACAGCGACAAGGACAAAUCAACUGCCCAUACACCGCCAUGCCCAUCUUCUACCUCGAUAUCCCUUUCCGACACUUCGCUCAGUAAUUCAGGCCACAGCAAGAGCAAGGACAAUGACGCCACAGAUUGGACUGCGCAAAUACCUGACAGCGAGCACAACCGCUUCCUGAUCAACACACGCUGGGACAGGACAGCCCUUGGCCCAAUGAAGUCAUGGCCAUUGGUCCUCCAGCUCAUGGUACUCAAGAUGCUCGGUGAUCCUCGACCCGCCAAUCUAUACUGGGGUCAAGAUCGCAUUGCAAUCUACAAUGAGUCGUUCUCCAUCAUGGCCCAUAGCCGGCAUCCUGCCAUGAUGGGCUCUACUGCAGAAGAAGCCAUGCCCGCUACUUGGCCAUUUCUGCGUCUCAUGAUGCAGCAGGUACAGGACACGAAGAUAGCUUUUCACGCCCCCGAGUUCGAGAUGGAAGUACACAAGGAGAGCGGCUUCCUCGAAGAGGCUUGGUAUGAUGGCGUCUUCUCGCCCAUCGUCAACGGCGACGGCUCCUUCCAAGGUUUGUACAGCUCUGGCUACGAGAUCACAACUGCCGUCCUCAUGGCUCGAUACUCUCGUUUAAUUCACCAGAUCGCCGCCGUACCGGACUUCCGCCAAAUAAAUGCUUGGGCUCACAUCGUCGAGAGUUGUCGAUCUUUUGAGAGGGAUGUUCCAAUGCUUCUUGUGUAUGUGGCUGAAGUCGCGCCGACACAACGAUCUGAUCAUUGCACUCUGCAACUCAAGGGUUCACUUGGCAUCAACCACGAGCAUGAGCAGACACUGCGCAUUCUCAAUCUCGACGAUUCAACUCAUCCACUUGCACCUGCUUUCAGAUCCAGCAAAGUGCUUGGCCAUCCCAUCGUGCUUGACACAUCUAGCCAAUUCCUGAGGCAAUUCCGACAAGAUGUCGAAUGGCGAGGUUGGCCAGAACCAUCGUCACUCGUCAUCGUCAUGCCUAUACUUAUCAGCGGGCUUAUCUCUGGGUUCAUGGUCAUGGGUCUGAAUCCUCGGAGACCUUACGAUGAUGAUCUGAAACAANNUUGGGGAACAACAACUUCCCUCGUCUCCUCAAGCGUCAACUUUGAGCAAGCACGAGAGCGAGAGAUGGUUCUGACCAGGAAGCUCACGCAGCGAGAGCGAUUCAUUCGCAAGGUGGCGGAGAUGACCAACGUCGGCAUUUAUUCUUCGUCGUCUGCUGGCAUUCUUACGUAUGCCAAUCCAAAGUAUCACGAUAUUGUCGAUCACACCCCCGAAACUGGAGACGGCCAAGCUGUCGGUCUCGAGAUAUUCGUCUUGGAAGAGGAUCAGGAAAAGAUUACAAACGCGAUCGAGGAAUGCAAAUCUGGACGUACCAACAUCAGUAUCAGCGUUCGCUUGAAACGCAAGUGGACGCCGCCAGGCUCAUCUACGGAACAACACUACUGGGUGUUGAAUUCUAUCGUUCCGGAUGUUGAGGAUGGCAAGAUGCUAGGCGUCAUCGGAUCGUUGGCUGAUAUCAGGCACACGAUGUGGGCUUUGCAGCUACAGAAGGACUCGACUGAGGCAGCUCUCGAAUCGAAGAAACACCUUGAACGAUUUAUAAUGCGAAACCCUCUAGGUGCAACAAUGCAGUGCGCUGAGGACAUCCUUCGAGUCAUUGAGGAAGAUACGACUUUGUGUAAGAUCGAGGGCUCCCGCAAACUCUUUGACGCGGUACGAGAAAACGCAAAGACUAUCGCGUUCUGCUGUGCUCACCAGAAGACCAUCGCGGAUGAUAUUCUCGUGGUAUCAAAGCUUAGCUCAUCGCUUUUGUCACUUUCUUAUGCAGUCUGCCAACCUGAAUCUGUGGCAGGGCAGGUUGUCCGCAUGUUUCAAGCCGAAGCCGCGAACGCCGACAUCAACCUUAGUCUCGAGGUCCACCAAUCUUACGCAAUCAAUCGGGCUCUGUGCGACGCUUCGAGGAUUCGACAGAUAUUGAUUAAUCUGGUCAGCAAUGCGAUAAAAUUCACAAAGGGCAGGAGCAAACGACAAAUCCAAGUCGUUGUCGGGUCUAGCGACGUCACACCUCCGAUUCACAUGUCUCAGCUACAAUGGCAACCAAGAGAGUCGCCGGCUCCUGUAUUGAGCGGCGCUAGCAACAUUUUCUUGACUUUCCAGGUGCACGAUACCGGCAAAGGACUUACACCAGAGGAGAUGUCGAGGCUGUUCAAUAGGUUUAGUCAAGCAAGUGCAACGACCAGCGCUACGUACGGCGGUUCAGGAUUAGGACUCUACUUUUCAAUGCAACUAGCAGAACUCCAAGGUGGUCGCAUCGGUCUCUCGAGCAAACCGGAUGAAGGAACUACGGAAGAAGACGAACGAAACAUCAGAAAGAUCUCCGAAAUCAUCGAAAAGCAGACACUGAAUAAGCGCACAAGACCGCUUGACAUCUUGCUGGUAGAAGAUAACAAGAUCAAUGCAAGGGUGUUGAGCAAACAACUUCGAGCCAAGGAACAUCAAGUGUUCAUCGCAAAUCAUGGCGGCGAGGCUCUCGAGUACCUCAAGACCACGAAAUACUGGCGGGGUGGAGAGCGUCCUGGCAAGAAAUUGGAUGUCAUAUUGAUGGACUGGGAGAUGCCUGUUCUNCACGGUAUUGAAUGCACCAAGCAAAUACGGCAAUUUGAAGAGCAGGGUUCAUUAACGGAACAUCUGCCAAUCAUCGUCACUUCUGCAAAUGCGCGACCUGAGCAAAUCGAAGUCGCCUGCUCGGCGGGAGCUUGGCGCAAGUCCUUGAGAAGAUACAACAGA